UCGAGAGCAUCGGUCGCGUCGAACGAGAAAAAGUGUGUGUUGGGCGCGAAACGUCGCGAGUGAAGUGGCUUGUGUUGUGUGUUUUGGAUCUGUCAAACCUGGAGCGACUCUCUUCAUCCCCGAGGCGGCACAGUAAUGCAGCUAUGAUGGUCAGCACGUUGAGGGUGGCGCUGUUUUGCGCGUGCCUACUGUUUAUACAAGCAUCUGCGGAGGUCCGCGGUCGGUGUCCGACAGAGGCGGCGUGCCCGGCGCGGGCGGCGCCCUGCACCAGCGACGACGAGUGCGGGGAACAGGUCUGCUGCAGCACCAGCUGCGGCCGAGCCUGCGUAGACCCUCUGUAUACUGGUUGCGAGAAUAUAAAGCUAUCAUCAGAGAGGAUAUCCCGAGCCCUAGCAGCUGAGAAUACCCGCAGUGGGAGAGGCGUGCUGCGGCCGCUAAGAUCGCCGAGAUGUAGAGUCUCCGACGGAGAGUUCGAGCAGAUACAAUGCGAUAACGAAAUCAUUACCACAUGCUGGUGCGUCGAUGCGGCAGGUUUUGAGGUCCCUGGUACGCGGGCCCCAGCGGCGGGGCUGGUGAACUGCACCCGCGUGGCGGACUGUGCUGCCCAUACCUGUCGCAUGCUGUGUCCCCUGGGCUUCGAGCUCAACGCACAGGGCUGUCCCAUGUGCAAGUGCAGGGACCCGUGCUCGUCCGUUACUUGUCCGGGGCAACUGUCCUGUCAGCUGGAGGAGGUGCCCUGCUUGAAGCCACCGUGCCCUCCUGUUCCUACUUGUAAAAGAGGACGCAGCCUCCAAAACAUAUGCCCAGUUGGCGAACCUCUCCUAAUAUCUGAGACGAGCCGACCUUUCCUAUGCGGAACGGAUCCGGGAAAGCCCAACUGUCCCCCGCUCUAUAGGUGUUUGGUCGAGUCUGGAAACGACUACGGGGUGUGUUGCCCGGCUUCCUUGGAGCUGCAAAAAGCAGGGACAUGUCCAGCAUCAGACAGCUCCGAAGACUGUGGUACGCCGUGCGCGCACGACCUAGAAUGUCCAUCCAUGCAGAAAUGCUGCGACGGCGGGGAAUGCGGCAAGCACUGUACUCUACCGCAUAAUGUGACCAUGUGUACCCAACAGAAGAUGUUAGCUGAGCUCCUGGUGGUAAGCGAGAAGGAGGGUCGAGGAUAUGUCCCGCAGUGCGGUGCUGACGGAUCCUUCGUUUCGAGACAGUGCUCGAGAAAUGGACUAGUUUGUUGGUGUGUGGACACCGAAGGCAACAAACUGCGAGGCUCCAUGGGUCCGGCAGCUACUGUGAAGUGUUCCGCCACGCCCCUCGUAGCUCGGUCAGGGGGAAGGAGUCUGGGCGCAUGCGCACGCGCGCUCUGUGCUGGUGUGUGCGAGUACGGCUACAAGACCGGCACCGAUGGCUGUCCGACCUGCGAAUGUGAUGAUCCCUGUGCCGGGUACCCGUGCCCGGACGGCGAAGAGUGCGUACGAGUGAAGGAUUCCGAUUGCUCCGGUGAAUUGUGCACUGGAUAUCCUGUGUGUCGUCCCAGAAUCUCAUACGAGAACCCGUGUUCCGUGGGCGUGCCGGCGAGCGACGAGGACGGCGCGGUUGUGUCGUGCGGUGCGGCGGACGACUGCCCCGCCGGCCACGUAUGCUCGCUCGCCCGGAGACACGGCGCAUCCGUAUGCUGCCCCGACCCCGCUGAUAACUCCACUGAAUCUGAGCUCGAUGAUGUCUCCUACGAAUCUUGUGGAUCAGAUGCCGAAGCUCUCUGCGGCUUCAACUCCACGGUGAGCUGUGCUGACGGCGAGUGCGCGGAUGGACUUGCGUGCUGCGGGACAAACGCGUGCGGGCCUGUAUGUGUUGAUGCUGACAAGUUGAGGCUGCAGACGGAUCGCACUGAUGAUGUUCCUACCAUGUGUGAAUACCUACGCGACUUCGACGAGAAGAUGGAAGGUACGGUGGACGGUAUGAAGCUGGCUCUACCGGCUCCAUCUUGCAACCUGGACGGGUCGUUCACCUCGCAGCAGUGCGCCGGCGGCAGCUGCUGGUGCGUCGACUCCUUCGGCACAGAGAUACCCGAUACUCGCACCGUCAACGCCUCGUCCGUUGAUUGCGACAAAGUGCGAGCGGAGCUCUCGUGUCUGGAGCUGACGUGCCGCAUGGGCUGCGACUACGGGUUCGAGCUGAGCGAGUCCCGCUGCCCGACGUGCCGGUGCCGCGACCCGUGCGGCGACGUCACUUGUCCUGCCGGCAGAGCCUGCGCCCUCGUCGACGUGGCCUGCGACGCUGAUUACUGCCCACCUGUGCCUGCUUGUCUGCCUCGUAAAGCCGGCGAGUGUCCGUACCUAGUACCACCAACUGGUGCGUGCGAGUGGGCGUGUCGCUCCGACGCCGAGUGCGGCGCCGAGCAGCGCUGCUGCGCCACCGGCUGCGGCACCGCCUGCACAGCUCCCAUACAUCAGACGGCCUGCCAACAGCGCAGGUCAUUAGCUCUACACACGGCGGCAGAGAGCGGCAAUCCUCCUUCAUGGAAUUGGGUUCCGGAAUGCAAAGAUGACGGAGCGUACGAACGGGUUCAAUGUCAAAGGUCAACCAAGAUGUGCUGGUGUGUGGACUUGGCUGGAAAUGAGAUUCCAGGGACGCGUUCUACGAAUUCUACUCCACCCUGCGAUGCGCCUCUUUUAUGUCCGAAACCCAACUGCGAUGAAGACCAAAUCUGUGCCCACGGCGUAAAGCUGGACGACCGAGGUUGCCCCACCUGCGCAUGUAGAGACCCCUGUGCCGAAGCCAACUGCAAAGAGGACGAAACCUGCGACCUCCUGCCUUUAGACUGCGAGGGUGAGUUAUGUACGCCGCUCGCUCGUUGCCUGCCGGCGCCGCAAUGCCCCGACGGCAAACCUCUGCAACCUCCUGAAGGCUUUGGUCCCCUGGUAUGUGGACCCAACGCGACGAGCUGCCCGUCUACGCACUCCUGCAGAUUUGCACCGCACGAUUCAAGGCCACCAGUCUGCUGUCCUAAGCCACGUACCGUAUGUUACGAAAGCAAAGACGAGGGAGAGUGCAGUAGCGGUGAAGGUUUAAACGCAACCCGGUGGUUUUUCAACCACGAGCGUAACCGCUGCGAGAGGUUCCAGUACAACGGUUGCUCCGGCAACCACAACAACUUCCGCACCAAAGCCGAGUGCAACCACGUCUGUCCAGUGGGGAAGGCGACGCCAAAACUAACCAAGCCGAAGGAGGUUAAGAAAACAAAAGAAGUGUUAAGCUCAUGCGAGAGACUACGCGAGAAGAAUGAAGUGGCGGCUCAGAAAUAUGGGAAGAGCACUUUUAUACCGAAAUGUGACGUCACAGGCGCCUGGGAGUCCGUGCAGUGCAUGUCACAUAUUGAUGUUUGUUGGUGUGUAAACGCAAGAGGCGAACCGCAGAAAGGCUCGUUGGUUCGCGGCAACAAACCGUCCUGCAACUUCAGACAAGCCCGGAAGUGGGCGAGAAGGGAUCCCCUCGACGAGAAGGCUAGAGCUGAUGAAGUGCUUGAAGAAUUGAUCAGACAAAUGACUGCAUACCGAGUCGAUGAAUUAGAAGACGAAUACGAAGAUAUAGACAGCGAAAAUUUAGACAGCGAACACAGAAGUUUAAGCCUCGAUCUACCAGACGACGAGUCGAAAGAAGAUCCAACUGUUUUAGCUGAAGUUGUGUCUCCAUUGAACUCUCAAACAACUAAAACAAAAGAGAUACCCACGCAAGCUGCAACUGAGAAAGUUAGCUUCAAAACUAAAUGCCAACUGAUGCAAGAGGAGGUUGAUAAUGGCGGUGAGGGCUGGCGGCCGCGCUGCCUGUCUGACGGGUCGUUUGCUGCGCGGCAGUGCUCGCGCGCGCGCUGCUGGUGCGUGGACGCGGCGGGGCAGACCAGACACCACACCGCGCCGCACCAGCUCACUGACAACUGUGAUCAAACACAAAUUGAAACAGCCUUCCUGGAAUUAGAGCUGAUCGGUGCAGACGAUGCUGCCGGUGAGAAGGCGCGCGCUUUGCUGUCGUCGCGGUUGGCCGCGUUGGGCGCGAACACACCCGUCACCACCGCGAGGGAGCGCGGCGUCGUCAAACUGAGGGUGCUACUCACUGGACCCAAGUCUGCGGAUAUGGUCUAUCAUUUGGAAACUCAGGUCAAGAAAGAGAAGUUAGCGGGCUUGGACAACAAACCGACAGAGGGCGCGCUGGGCGCCGACGUCAUCCGCAGCGAGUACCGAUUGGUGGCGCCCUCGCCCGCCAUGCAGAGAGAAAUACUCACCGAGUCAACGGUAUCCGCGGCGACGUCGUACCACACAGCGCUUAUAGUCCUGGCCGCUACCUCCGCCUUCAUUAUUAGCGUGUUGUGCGUGUUGGUAAUGCUGUACCGGGCGCGGUUGCAGAGGGAGCCGCACAAGGCCGAGCGCUUCCUGCCGGCCGCGCCGCCCGUCUACGUCCUGUCCGCGGACGAGAAGGCGGAACUAGCCAGGGUACUCCACGCCCCGCCCCCAGUCUCUCACCCCGACGACACGAGAGUGUAACGUU